AAAAAAAGACGCAGCUCGAGGAAAAUAAUAAAUAUAUCUUAACCUCCGAAAUAUAUUUUAUUAUAUCUGAAAAGCUACUUGAAGAAACGAAUAUUACCUCAAUAUCUUCUCCAUCUAUAUCAAGUCACAGUUCAGUUAUCGAGCUAUUUCUUACGAUCAUCAUCCUAUUUCCUCCCUCGGUCAAAACAAUCAAACAGAGAAUAAAAUCAUGGUCCGGUUCAACGUGCAUUUUUUCGAAAGCAGCAGCGAUGUUGUCGAUGUAGUUUGGGAUAUCAUACUCUUCUACUACAUUAUGAGCAUCGCGCUCCAUUACUCUAUCUUCAUAUUCUUCUGUAGUCUACCGUUGACAGGCGCAAUCUCCAUCUUAAGAUAUCCCGUCUUCGAACUCACACAACAUCAAUGGGAAAUGAGGAUCAUGUUCCUUUCCACGUUAAUUAGCUUCUGGUGUGCGAGAUACUCCAUGAAAACGUAUCAAGUACCCCAGAAAGUCAACUUUCGAUUGGUCAUUGGUUUGUUAGCCACGGUUAUCCUUGUCGCUGGAGAAUUGGCUCUCUGGACGGCUUUUUACUUCGAGUGGAGUAGCUGGAGGGAUUGGUAUAACCAAAGUGACAAUAUUACAUGGGUUAUUAUUGUGACCACAACGGCCUUGAUUGCGUUGAUGCCUUGCCUCGUGAUGAUGGUGGAGGAUGCAGAAAUCAACUUGUUUGACGAGCCACCAGAUAGCAUCGAGGAGGAAAACAAAAAUUCAAUGAUACAUAGAGCAGCAGGGGCAGAGGUUGAAACACUAUCUUGAAUUCUGCACAAUAUGUGAUAGUUCAUCUCUGAUCAUCACCGACAAUGAGGGUUCAAACCAAUUUUAAUAUCAGCCUGAUUUACCCGCGGUGAUACAUAUACAUUCCGCGCAACUAAUAUUGCGUUUAGAGAACU